CUAACUGCUAGUAUAGUAUAUAGGUAAAGGCCCGGUUGCACAAAAGCCGUUCAAAUUCUAACUGCGAUUAAUUUCACAAGAACCAAUCAGAGAAGCCUUCUUUUGGAAAAUCCCUUUUAUGAUUGGUUCUCGUGAAAUUGGUAACGAUUAAAAUUUAACCGGCUUUUGUCCGACCGGGCCCUUUUGUUACAUUCAAAUUUAAAUUCGUUUAUUUCCUCUUCAAUGAUACAAACAUGUUUGAAUAAUAGUAACACAAAAAUACAGAGUAAGAAUAUUCUUCACAUGGGCUAUGGUCCUGUGUUCGGAGAGUCUGAAUCGAUUUAUCUCAUUCGUGCAGAGGAAGUAUUUAAAAAAUUGACUCACUAAUAAAAAAUAGAAUGAUACAGAAUAUAGAAAAGAAAAAAUAAGGUUAAAGCAACCAAAUAAAUAAAUAAAGAGAGCAAAUAAAGGCUUUAUAACUGUAGAGGAUCGUCCAUCACAGAGGCCGCCGGGCUCAUACACGUCCACAGAGAGAAGAAUCGGAAAAAAAUAGUAAGUCGCAGUCCAGUCCACAUAAUUCUAGAAGCCUACAAGAGGCUACGUGUAGGCAUGACUCAUAUGCAUGAGAAUAAAUAAAUUGACACUUAAAUUUUUCAUUAAAAAACUUUCACUAACUUAAGUUUUAACUUUUAUUAACUUUAAAUUGACACUUAAUUUUUUCAUUUAAAAACUUUUACUAACUAAAGUUUUAACUUUUAUCAACCUUUGACACUUAAAUUUUUUAUUAAAAAAAUUUUUACUCAGAAAAUUCAAUGGACAGUAUUUGUUUUUUACUGCUCAUUAGUUGUGCACACUCCAAUGAUAUUCCCUUCCUUAUUAUAAUACUACUUCCUUCGUCCCUCCUUCUAAUAAUAAUAAUAAUACUUACUCCGAUCCUUGAUGGCCGAUUCGUUCUCGUCGCCAACAGCCGAUCCGUUGUCAAUGCUAGAGCACGGCAUGCACCUGGCGGGGAAAGGCAUCGGCCUUCUCAGGUCGCAAGGCCUGUUCGCGCAGAUGAUCGGCUCGCUGACUUCGGCCGUGAAGCGGACAAAGCAGCCAGUUGACCGCAUCGACUUGACGGGCCCCGUGUCGGGCAUUCUGGACCGGCUGCUGAGCAUGCUGCGGCUUGAUUCCAACAGCAAACUGCAGGCUGUCGCACUCAACGCGGUCGUCUUUAUUGCUCAGAUGAUCGACAACAGCUUGGCGAUGAAUGCUGAAAAAUUAUUGGGAAAAGACAAAACGAGAACUCAAAGUGAUGACAGCGAGCAGCGAACUCCCGAUGGAUCUCCUCUCAAUUGGGUCCUCCAGGAUAUGCCCCAACAUGUGAAAGAAGAUCUAAUAUUAUCACGGCAAGAAACAUUACCCGAGGAAAUAAUGUCGAAAUUAGAAGAGAAUCCAGCAGUUGGAAAUUGUAUCAAACAUUUGGUAUGCAGGCUGUCGCCGGUUAUUUGGGGAAUGCAGAAAGCUACAAACAAUCUGUUUCUCAACAAGGAAUGGAUUUUUGACAACAUAGAAGAAACCUCAGACCAAAUUAUUCGAUCUAAUCAGAAUCCAAAGAAAACACCUCUACAGUUGAUGUUUUCUGAGCUGCCGACUAUAGAACAGUACACUGAGCACAUGAAAUACUGCCAAAAAACUCUGCCACCUUGUGUUUCAAGAAAAUAGGUUCUAUGGAUAUGAAUUAUUAUUGAAUCAAUUUUGUUUUCUCUCUAAAAAAUCUGUCAUCAUCUAGUGCUGUAACUUUUCUAAUUAAGAAUAAAUCACUUGUUUAGUUACUGAAGCUUU